GUAUUAGAAAACAAAUCCCAUAAUAGCGGACGACGAGCAGAGGGACUUGCGGUGUCUAAUAACAAAGCAGACUUAAGUGACUUUUUUCUCUAAUUUAUGUAUUUUAUUGCAUAGUAAUAGUAGCUCAGCGUAGGAGCACCUAGUUUGUUUUAAGCGGUUUAUAUUAAAAUAAGGUCAGAUUUAGAAGAUUGGUAAAGGUAGUUUUAUACUUAGUUGUUUUUCGUAUAAUUUAUUUUUAACAUAAUAUUUUACUAUUUUUGUACUUGUUCUGGACUGAAGCAUGUUUUGGGUAAUUACAGCAACUUUCUUUUUUGCACCUUUACCGGCCCAAGCUGAUCCCUACAUUAUGGGCUGUCCUGAUCACUGUGAUAAGUCUCUAUGCGCUCCUCUGCCCGCUGUCUGCUAUGCCGGCGAGGUCCUCGACCAGUGCGGCUGCUGUCCAGUGUGUGCGGCCGGGGAGGGCGAGGCUUGCGGCGGUACCGGGAGGUUCGGGGAGCCGGUCUGCGGAGAGGGCAUGGCGUGCUUGCUGUCGGACGGAGUGGGCUUUUCCGCAACGGUGAGGAGAAGAGCGAAGAGCGGCGUGUGCGUGUGUCAGAGCCCGGAGCGGGUGUGCGGCAGCGACGGAGUCACGUACCGAAACGUCUGCGAGCUGAGGAGGGUGGCGAACCGGGCCCAGAGACUGGAGCAGCCGCCUGUCAUCUUCAUACAAAGAGGAGCCUGCGGUCAAGGACAGGAGAAUCCAAACAGCCUGAGACACAAGUACAACUUCAUUGCUGAUGUGGUGGAGAAAAUCGCCCCUGCUGUUGUCCAUAUCGAACUGUUCCGCAAGAUGAUGUUUUCCAUGCGUGAAGUGGCCGUGGCAAGUGGUUCAGGGUUCGUGGUCUCGGAAAACGGGCUUAUCGUAACCAAUGCACAUGUGGUCGCCAACAAGCAUCGGGUCAAGGUGGAGCUGAAGAAUGGCGCCACCUACGAUGCCAAGAUCAAGGAUGUGGAUGAGAAGGCUGAUAUUGCACUUAUUAAGAUUGAAACCCCGAUGAAGCUUCCUGUACUGCUGCUGGGCAGAUCAGCUGACUUGCGACCAGGGGAGUUUGUGGUGGCCGUUGGCAGCCCCUUCUCCUUGCAGAAUACCGUCACCACAGGAAUCGUUAGCACAACCCAGCGGGGGGGCAAAGAGCUGGGCCUGCGCAACUCUGACAUGGAUUAUAUCCAGACGGACGCCAUCAUCAACUAUGGGAAUUCCGGAGGCCCACUGGUGAAUCUGGAUGGCGAGGUGAUUGGAAUCAACACCCUGAAGGUCACGGCAGGCAUCUCAUUCGCCAUCCCCUCUGACAAAAUACGGCAGUUCCUGGCCGAGUCAUACGGCAGGCAGGCCAAAGUGAAAACGACAUUAAAGAAGAAAUACAUCGGAGUGAAGAUGAUGACACUCACAGCAGCACUUGCUGUGGAGCUGAAGGCCCGGCAGAAAGAUUUCCCCGAUGUCACGUCUGGGGCGUACAUCAUCGAGGUUAUCCCUAAGACACCCGCUGCAGCCGGGGGUCUGAAGGAGCAUGACGUCAUCAUCAGCAUCAACGGGCAGCGUAUCUCUGCCACCGGGGAUGUCAGCAGCGCUAUCAAGAGGGACAACACCCUGCGACUGGUGGUGCGACGUGGCAACGAGGACGCCAUCCUCACCAUCAUUCCGGAGGAGAUUGACCCUUGACCACACCCCCCCCCCAUCCUCUGGAGCCAACUCUCUGUACAUCCCUGCAGACCAUUGUGGGUGUGGUUUUGAAGUGCCACCACAUUAACAAUCUGUAAUCAACAGACUCUUCCCUCUGCCAUCAGCUGGAAACUCACCCAGUGGUUAGCAAACCGUGCAGAACACUGUCCAAUCUAUGCUACUACAGCAAGGUUCUCCAACUCCGGUCCUGGAGAGCUACCGUCCCGUAGGUUUUCUGUCCUACUUGGCUUCUGAUGAGCCACAGCUGUUCUCAGGUAAAUCCCAGGAACAGGUGUGGCUCAUCAGAAGCCCGGUAUGAUAGAAAACCUACUGGAUAGUAGCUCUCCAGGACCGGAGUUGGAGACCCCUGCUCUAGAGAUACGACUGCUCUUCCGUUAGCCUACCAGUGUUCAUUGUAUUAUUUUUAUUUUUUAUUUUUUUGUACUGUACUUAUGCCACUGUUCAAAAUGUCUAUGUGUGGGAAACUUAAUUCACUUUUAAAUUUUAUAUUUUAUGUAUUUUCCCUGAAUGACAUGUAUGAGGGGCAAGAAUAAAUUUCAUGCAGUCCAAAUGUUGGUGGAGAUUGGAUAUUAAUGUAUAGGACAUUCAUGUUCAGACAAUAUGGAACAAGUUAGUCAGUUUUGGUUUAUUGCCUGCAUGAGGGUUAGGGGCUGAGAUUUUACCCAGAGUGCAUUUCUUCACCAGUGGCUUUUGUGGUGUUUGGACAGCAAUUCACAGUAAGAAAAGGGAGGUUGUAAACUUUCAGCUCAUAGAGUCAGAAUUUCCCCAAGAAUGCUGUUGUUCUUGCAUAUCCUGUAUCUUCUCAUUUCAGGAUACAUAUUUACUUAUUUUCUAUGCCUAAAAAGCAGUAUACAGUAGAUUUUUACUGAAUAUAGUAAGACAACUGCCUCUCACUGGGCAGUGGUAGAUUUUCAGGUGUUAUUAAAGAUAUCAGUUGAACAGCUACACUCUGCACUAUUCCAUUGUUUGUAUAUAAUGUUUGGUAGCUGAUAUUUUUAUUUUUUAGUAAGUACUGUUCAGUUGGCCACCAGUAUGGAGUAUGUACUCAUAAACGUAGGGAAAACCUGGAAGGUGUUUCCCCUUAAUGACCUUUACUACAGUUGAACACCAGUAAUAAUCUUACUAUACUAAGCAACAUCAUUUAACUUUAUUACUCUGAAUGUUAAUAAGUUUAACAGUUACCUGAUCGGUACAAUCUUUAUCCAUUCUUUUGUUGGAGCAUAAUUUGAGAAUAUUGUUGCACAAAAUCUUUUGGGUUUACUUAAUUAUAAAGAAUCAGAGAAUAAAAACAUUGGUAACGUGUGACUCUGUCACCACAGUCAUAGUUCCAGAUGCAUUUGAAGCUCUGCCAGACCUGUGAGUAAUAGUUUGCCAUGAAACAAAUCCCUUUAUUAAUAUUAUUAAUAUUAGGUUCUGUCUGAGUGUUGUAAACAAACCCUUUUGUGUAUGUAAUUGAAAUUAAAUUAUAUUUUGAA